UUCGGAGAGGCGACCUAUGACUGUGUUGAUGGCGAUGAUAAAGAUUCAGAUGAGGAUCCACGUGGCCUAAACAUUCUUCACGUUCGUGCGGCGCUUGAUGAGCAGCCUUCCACUGAGGAGGUUCUAGAGGCUCUUUUUAUGCAUGAGAGCGCGAUGGAGGCUUUGCAUGCUGAAAACGAGGACGGAGACUCUCCGUUGGAAAUGGCGAAGGCAAAGCGCGGCGCUGACUCAGCUUAAGAGCGAUAAAGUGAUGUCGAUCUCACCUUCACAGUUUAUCUUGGAAUUUCAGAUAAUCUUCGGUGACUUUCCACCUACAUGAAAUACUGAGAGUAAAAGAUGUUAGGUUCGUCUCUGUACUGAAGGUUUGUGAUCGACGGGUUGACUCUAAUGACCAAUCUACAAGUUCUUUGAGGAGAAGCAUCAAAUACGUAAGCUCGCGCAGACGAAUGACGAAGAGGAACGUCGAAAAGUCGUGGAGGCGCUGAAGGAGCCCCUCUUGUGCAAGAUCACUGUCAAGGAUCAAGUUGGUUUCGCUUUACUCUGCGGGCACCAGCUCUGCAGCCAUUGCGUCACUAAGAGCGAGACUCGCGGGCCCUACGGAGGACUUUGCCCGGUUUGUCGUGAACCGAUUACACGCAAAGUGAAACUAUUCUUCAGCUAGUCGCUCGAGGAUACUUUGAUUGGUCGUGCACCCGCUCGUCCACUGCGCAUUGUUUUAGCAGGACAAGGUGCUUGAAGCAAAGAGAAUGAUCACCGACAAGGAGAUUCCCACUCGAUUUUGUAGAGUCGUCACGGAAUAAUUAUGAAAAGAUGCUCAACACCCAUCCUCAUUCACAGGAAGCACCCCAGCAACCAGAGAAUCACUUCGCCUAUUCGCGAAUAUGACAAGAUUUCAGAG